GGUUUUCGUCGAUAAUGCAACUCCGCUUCAGAUUUGUUUUCCGCGAGUCUGCAGACGAAAUAACCAUUCCCUCGGUCGGUAUUUGGGCUUGUUAACAUUUUUCUUCAGUUAAAUUUCAUUCUCACGAGUAUUUGUUUAACGUUUAGUUUCAAUGCUAAGGAAGGAUCCAUGCAAAAAAACAGCUUGUGAGAUUCAGAAGUGUUUACAAGCUAGCAAUUAUCAAGAAUCUGCUUGCCAGCUUGUAAUUCAGCAAAUGCUACACUGUUGUAAACAGUGGGAACAUCUUCAUACUGUUUCAUGUUCUGGAUUUUCUGCAAAAUCUAAAGAAGACAAUCCCAUUUCUAAUGAAAAUGGGCAAUAACAAACUGUUUGCUCCAUCUGCAGAUCGUAAUAAGGGUCCAAUUUUGGAAGUUUUGCAAAAAUAUUACCCUUAUGAAAAAAACAAGGAUAGUCAUCUCUUUUGCUUAGAAAUUUCCUCUGGAACUGGGCAGCAAGUUGUUCACUUUGCCAAGAGUUUGCCUUUCAUGACAUUUCAGCCUUCAGAAUUCACCAUUUCUAAUUUGCCGAGCAUACAAGAGUAUGUAGUAGAAUCGGGUUUAACCAAUGUUUUGUCUCCUUUAGCCAUCGAUGUGACAGAUCCUAUUGAUCGCUGGAAUUUGGCUCGGGAAAAUUUUGAUUUGAUUAUAAAUAUCAACAUGAUGCACAUUAGCCCUUGGGAAUGCACGCUAUCCUUGUUUGAGAAAGCUGGUAAAUUAUUAAGUUCCAAAGGCUUGCUAAUAACAUACGGACCUUAUGCGCAUCACGGAGUGAUAAGCCCUGAGAGCAAUAUUAAUUUUAACCAAUCCCUAAAAGCCCGAGAUGCUCAAUGGGGUUUGCGAGACAUUGAUGAAUUGCAAAGCGUUGCUAAUCGAAACGGGUUAGAACUGAUGGAGAUUGAAGAAAUGCCAUCGAACAAUAAAACCCUUGUUUGGAAAAAAAUAUUUGCAAUCGAAGUGAAAUUGAUGUGAUGUGAAACGUGAGUAAAUGGCGUGACGUCAUCUUAAAACUAUGAUCGAAGUUGAGUAGUUAAUAUUCAAAGUUUAUUUUAUAACCGGUAAAAUGUGUUUUACAAAAAUCAUGAUUUCCUCUUAAUAAACACAUUUUCAUACAUGCUCA